UUGUGAAUCUGACAACGGGUGAGACGUGUCAAUUUGUAAUUUUCUUUUCAAGUGUCUAAAAUUCAAUAUUUAAAAUGAAAUUAAUUAUAUUGUCACUAUUUUCCAUUUUCGCAACAACUUUUGCACAAGGACCUACCUUAGUUCUACUCGAUAAUCAAGUUAUAAAAGAAACACAUUCAAUAUUCUUCAAAUCCUUACAAGAUAGGGGCUACACCCUCACUUUUAAGAUCGCCGAUGAUGCCUCCUUAGUUUUAUCUCGAUAUGGAGAGUACUUAUAUAAAAAUUUGAUCAUUUUUGCUCCAACAGUAGAAGAAUUCGGAGGUAAUCUCAAUGUGGAGAUUAUUACUCAAUUUGUGGAUGAGGGAGGCAAUGUCUUAGUAGCUGGUAGCAGUGUAACUGGGGAUGUUUUAAGAGAGCUUGCCUCAGAAUGUGGAUUUGAGGUAGACGACGAGGGAGCUUUUGUAAUUGACCAUCUCAAUUAUGACAUCACUGAUGAAGGACAACAUACCAAAUUAGUAGUAUCUUCUGAAAAUCUUAUUGAUGCUCCUGUAAUAGUGGGUCCCAAAAAAGGAAUUGCACCCAUGUUAUACCAAGGUACUGGAAUAUUAACAGAUGUUGAAAAUCCAUUGGUAUUACCUUUGUUGACUGCUGAUAGUACAGCAUACAGUUUUAAUCCAGAUCAACCAAUCAAAGAGUAUCCUCAUGCUGUUGGAAGAGAUACAGUACUAAUUGCUGGCCUUCAAGCUAGAAAUAAUGCAAGGGUUGUAUUUAGUGGAUCUUUGGCAUUUUUCUCUGAUGAAUUCUUUACUGCAGCUACUCAAAAGGCUCAAGGAGGGGAAUCUUCAAUGAAAUCUGGAAAUGAAGAUGUAGCAAUAACUAUUAGUCAAUGGGUAUUCAAAGAACAUGGACAACUUAGAGUAAGAUCUGUUAAACAUCACAAAGAAGGAGAAAAGGAGGCUCCCAAGGAUUAUACAAUUAUGGAUGAUGUUGUUUACACCAUUGAGAUUGACAUUCUAGAAAAAGGCCAAUGGAAACCAUUUACUGCAAAGGAUAUCCAACUAGAAUUUGUUCGUAUCGAUCCAUUCGUCCGCACUACCCUUAAGAGAAACCCAUCAGGACAGUAUGAAGCAAAAUUCAAGAUUCCUGAUGUAUAUGGAGUGUAUCAGUUCAAGGUGGAUUAUGACAGAGUUGGAUAUACUCGACUUUUUAGUACCACUCAAGUGUCUGUCCGUCCUUUACAGCACACCCAGUAUGAGAGAUUUAUCACUAGUGCUUAUCCUUACUAUACAGGGGCAUUUUCUAUGAUGUUGGGUGUAUUUGUGUUCUCAUUUGUAUUUCUACACUUGAAAGAUGAUGACAAGAAGUCAAAGAGUGAAUAAAAUUUUGAUAUUUUUUGUUUAAUAAUUAAGUUUAUUAAUUAGUUCAUUUUUCAAUGUUUUUGUUUAAUAAAAUCAUUAAGAGGACGUCUUUAUUUUUAUAUUAUUUGUGGAUUUACUUUUGAAUGAAGUUAUUUCAUUUGAGCAUUAAAAGAAUAAUUUUGCAUAAAUUUUUUUUGCGAUAUAAACAUUAAAUAUAUUAUUGAAUACUGUGUUCUUUAAUUUUGCUUCAUCUUGAA